AUGGAGCAUAUUAAUAAUGAGGAAAUUCCAUCAGCACCAGCAACACCAGGCACUCCUGGUGCACCUCUGUUUGGUGGGUUUAAGUCAGAGAGAAGUGGGAAUGGUAGUAAUAAGUACAAGAAGUCCCUCCUAAAGAAUUGUAAAUGUUUCGGUGUCCAAGAAUGGACCUUAGAAGAUGGAGCUCUACCCACCGUCACUUGUUCAUUAAUGCCACCUCCUCCUCCUGUUCCUCUCGCAAAAAAGAUAGGAGCUGAGUUUAUAGGGACAUUUAUUCUGAUGUUUGCUGGGACAGCCACUGCUAUUGUAAACCAAAAGACAAACGGGGCGGAAACUCUGAUCGGAUGUGCUACCUCGACUGGUCUUGCCGUUAUGAUCAUCAUCCUCUCCACCGGCCACAUCUCCGGUGCUCAUCUCAACCCUGCAGUCACCAUUUCCUUUGCUGCAUUAAAGCACUUCCCGUGGAAGCAUGUGCCUAUGUAUAUUGGUGCACAAGUUUUGGCAUCAAUAUGUGCUGCAUAUGCUCUCAAAGGGGUUUUUCACCCUUUCAUGAAUGGCGGAGUCACUGUUCCUUCCGGAGGAUAUGGCCAAGCUUUUGCUUUAGAGUUCAUUAUCAGCUUUAAUCUCAUGUUCGUUGUCACUGCAGUGGCCACUGAUACAAGAGCUGUAGGAGAACUAGCAGGAAUUGCGGUUGGAGCAACUGUGAUGCUCAAUAUACUCAUAGCAGGGCCAAUAACAGGAGCAUCAAUGAACCCAGUAAGAACUCUAGGUCCAGCUAUUGCUGCAAACAACUACAAAGCCAUAUGGGUCUAUCUAUUAGCUCCAAUACUUGGAGCUCUAGGCGGGGCAGGUACUUAUACAGCAGUAAAGCUGCCAGAAGAAGAUGAUAACGCAAAGACUAAUGCUUCUUCAAACCACCCCAGCUUCAGAAAAUGAUGAUGAUGAUCAACUUCUCCUGUCUCCAUGCUCAUCCAUCAUCAUAAAACAACUUAAGACAGACACUACACUACAUGAUGAUUAAUAUUUUGAUAUAUAUAUAUAUAUAUAAUAUAGAUUUUGUGUGAAAAGCAAACAAGCAAAAAUUAGAAGCAUUUGGCAUGUGCACAAAUUAGGUGAUAUGGUGUAUGUCCUAUAAAUGUGAUAGAUAAGGUGUAAUCAAUGUAUCUAUUAAAUCAAGGGUGCGUUUGUUUAAGCUUUAAAAAAAUGAUUUUCCAUUGAAAGUAGAUACGUAUUUACAUACCUGAAUUGAAUUGAAUUGAAUUGAAAUGAAAUCAAACAAGGGAGAUUCCUUGGGGAUGAGAGGGAGAGCGAGAAGUUUUGGAUCGGAAGAUAUAAAGAGCGAAGGAAGCAAUGAAGACACCGAUUAUAUCAGCAAUAGCGUCUCUAAAGGAAGCACCGGAAGAUCGGAAAAAGCCAAGGUGAUCGGCAGCUUCUUUGGCGGCGCCGGCAAGGAGAGAAAUGAGAGAUGCGAUGGAAAUGGCGUGGCGGCGGAGGAGGAAGGGAUUUGAAUUGAGAGAAGAGAGAAAGUAAAAAAGAAGAGUGAUUGAGAAACACAUUAUCAUGUGAUACAAUUUGUCUGCGCCUAA